UGAGGCAGGAAAAAAAACUGGCACUGAGCACUAGCGCAGCCUGCUAACGUUUUCUUGUAUUAACAGGUUAGCAAUUAGUCGCUAGUUGAGUGAGUUUUACAGAAAGGUGAAUCUUACCCAAGUGCCCAAACAUCUGGGUAUGUAGUCGGUCAGUGAAUGUGUAUUUUGGUGUAGGCAGGGACGGCAGCUACGGGGAUUAGCAGUAAAAUGCUCGCAUACCUUUAGGCGGCUUUCUAAUUAUAUCAUAAACUUGCAUUCUGGAGUGUUUUGAGCCGGAAUAAUCUUCAUCAUUUAUACGUGGAUUCUAUUACAAUCCUGAAACCGGUGUAAGUAGUCGGGUAGUGAAGCAUUUUGAGUUAACUAGCUAGCUGGGUCGCCUGCAAGUACACGGUUAGCUGCUUAAAACGAGCCACCUGGACCCGAGCACCAUCGCGAGAGGGCUAUGUCUUCAGCAGCCACCACGCCCCCAUCGGUGGACAAGGUGGACGGCUUCUCCAGGAAGUCGGUCAGGAAAGUCAGGCAGAAACGAGCACAGAGCUCGUCUCAGUUCAGAUCUCAGGAUAAACCCAUAGAGCUGGUGCAGCUGCCACUACUGAAAGAUGUUUCUGCGCAGGAGCAACCAGAGUUGUUCCUCAAGAAGCUGCAGCAGUGCUGUACUCUAUUUGACUUCAUGGACACACUGUCUGAUCUUAAAAUGAAAGAGUACAAGCGAUCCACCCUUAAUGAGCUAGUGGACUACGUCACCGUCAGCCGGGGCUACCUUACUGAACAGACCUACCCUGAGGUUGUCAAAAUGGUGUCCUACAAUGUUUUUCGGACUCUUCCGCCUAGUGACAGUAAUGAGUUUGACCCAGAGGAAGAUGAGCCCACGCUGGAGGCCUCAUGGCCACACUUACAGCUCGUGUAUGAGUUCUUCAUUCGCUUCUUGGAAAGUCAGGAAUUUCAGCCCAGCAUUGCCAAAAAAUACAUCGACCAGAAAUUUGUAUUACAGCUCUUGGAGCUGUUUGAUAGUGAGGACCCUCGUGAGAGGGAUUGCCUGAAGACAGUUCUGCACAGAAUCUACGGCAAGUUCCUCGGCCUCAGGGCCUUCAUCCGCAAACAGAUCAACAACAUUUUUCUUUGUUUUGUGUAUGAAACAGAACACUUCAACGGUGUAGCUGAACUGCUGGAAAUUUUGGGAAGCAUUAUCAAUGGUUUUGCUCUCCCUCUCAAAGCUGAACACAAACAGUUUCUGGUCAAAGUGCUGCUGCCUCUGCACACAGUGAAGAGCUUGUCUCUCUUCCAUGCCCAGCUGGCUUAUUGUAUUGUACAAUUUUUAGAGAAAGACCCCACGUUAACAGAACCUGUGAUCAGAGGCUUGCUAAAGUUCUGGCCAAAAACCUGCAGUCAAAAAGAGGUUAUGUUUCUUGGAGAGUUGGAGGAGAUUCUAGAUGUGAUUGAGCCAACUCAGUUUGUUAAGAUCCAGGAUCCACUCUUCAAACAGAUUUCCAGAUGUGUGUCCAGUCCCCAUUUUCAGGUGGCGGAGCGAGCAUUGUACUACUGGAACAAUGAGUACAUAAUGAGUCUGAUUGAGGAGAACUCUAGCGUUGUCCUGCCCAUCAUGUUUGCCAGUCUCUACAGGAUCUCCAAAGAGCACUGGAACCCGGCAAUAUCAGCUUUGAUCUACAAUGUGCUCAAAGCAUUCAUGGAGAUGAACAGCGCCUUGUUUGAUGAACUAGCUGCCAAUUACAAAUCAGACAGGCAAAGGGAAAGGAAGAAGGACAAGGAGCGGGAGGAUCUUUGGAGGAAGCUGGAGGAGCUGGAGCUUAGACGGGGCAUCCAGAACAGUGACGGCGUCAUUCCCACCUAACAUGGACCUUGCUGUGCCCUUCAAUGUGGCCCCAUCCAAUCCCUUUCUACUUUGCCACAGGGACCCUGCCCUCUCUUUUCUUCUCAUGCAACAUACUUUUACUGCACACUCCCUUGUUCAUUUCCUCCCUUACAACAGCACUGUAAAUAACCCUCUCCCUCUUACCUGUAUCAUGCUACUACACUGCAAAGAAGAAGAAAAAAACAGAAAAUUUGAAAAGGUUAUCUGUACCUACGGCGAAGAGAGACUUCAUGUGCACUUCUUGUUGUAAAAAAGAUAUAUGAUAUGAUAAUCAACUAUGGUCAAAGGAUAUAUUUUAAAAGCCUUUUGGUUCAGAAAUUGUUCAGCGUCUUCUUAUUGAGUAUGACACCUGUGUUCUCCAAGGAAGGUGUCCUGGGGUCCCUCGUCAAAAAGCUUUGAUAAAAGAUGUCUAAUGUGAGGAGCCCACCUCCACCAUGUAUCUUUAUUUCCCCACAACUAGAGACACUUCCAUUCUAUAUGAAAUUUGACACCCCUGGCACUGGUGACACAAGCCAGACAACCCCGUACACAAAGCAGAUAAGAACAAAGACAUAAAUAACAGGAGCGAGAAGAAAAAAAAAACCCUCAUACAUCAUCUUUGUGGUGUGUAAUUUUCUUUAACAGGAUGUUCAGAAUGUCUGAUCAGCCCAGUCAUCCAUUGUACAGUAUGGACAGGUGCUUGUUUGCAAUUGGCACCACUGACCAGGAAUCAUAAUGUACCUGAUAGGCCACAGUAGGCUAUGGUGGUUACCUGUGCUUCAAAUUAGAGGACAAACCUUUCUGAGGACCUUUUAUUUUUUUAACUUGUGAACCAGGUAAUGAUCUGGUUAUGGCUAUUAGCUGUCUGCUGUGGAGACCUCUUGGGAAUUCCAGUGUGGAAAUUUACUAGUUGCAAAGAGUGGCAAUGCAAUUGUCCAUAUGGCUUCAGACGAGCUCCGUUUCUCUGACACUAGAAAGAACUCCUGGAUUUUGGUGGCACACUGUGUUCAGAACUCAUCCAGUGUUGUUAAGUGACAUUUUUCGCCCAGAUUUCCACUGCUCAGCUCUAUUAGUUUGGAUUUCUCAAUGGUUGGAUUCCGUCUACAUGAUCGAGUUGAGCGAGAUAAGGUUCUUCUUUUUUAUUGUUUAAAUUGAAAUCCUGCUUAUGUUGGGGUUUUUAUGGCCUAUGUAUGUAAAAGCUGUUCCAGUAGCUUGUAAUCUCUCUUCUGAAAUGCCAGCCGCCAGGGCAGGCUAGAACUAAAAAGCACUUCAAGUUAGCUAAUUUGUUGUUCUCAUGGGACUUCACCCCUUUUCUUCUCUUCUGUUUUUGAAGUCCCAACAAUCGUGGUUGUGGAUUUUACGUGUGAGGAGGAUGUAUUUUAUUAUAUCUUAUUUUUGACUCAAUCAUGUGUUUCUCUUUCUCUAUCCUUGUUUUAACUCUCCCAAAUCGUGUUUUAUGAGCCCAAUUUGGAUAUCUAAAAAUUUUAAAGAAAGGGUUUGAUGAAUAGAAUAAAUCUAAUUAUUUAAAAAAAGAAAGCGAUAAUAAACCUGUUUUUUUUUUUUUUUUUUGUGAUACAUUGUUUGUUUUAUUUGCUAAAUUUCAGUCCAAGAUAUUAUUCUAGAAAUGUUAACCCACCAAAAAUGAAAAUUGUCAUCAACAUUUACUCACCCUCAUGUGUUCCAAACCUGAUUUUUGGGCAGAUUGACAUUCUCAUCAUGAUUCUAACCAUUCCAGAGAAGAAAGAAAACCAUACAAGUUUUGUAGCAGCAUGAGAGUGGGUAAAUAAUGACAGAGGGAGCAUCUCAAUCAGCUCACUAGUUCAUUAGUCAGGGCACUGACCAGGGAGCCGGCCAUUUCUAGGGUUGUCACAAUAGCAGAAUUGUUCCAGUGCACUGAAACGUUCACUCCCUAAAAUCUCAGAAUACACUGCAUAAUUUCAUUUCAACCAACUGAUCUCAGUUCAGGGGUCAUUAAAGGGUUAAACUUUCAAAGCACAGUGUCAUGUGACUAAACAACAUCAUGCUGGUCUCAGCUUUCUUGGGAGAAAUGGCAACAAAACUACACCUGGUAAGAAACCUCAUUAAGUUUUUACUUUAAAACCUGUUUGAGUCAAAAGAUUAGAGUCUCUAGUAUCAUCUGAUAUGCCAUUUAAAAAUGUAAUCGAUUUAUCCUGAAACUGCACGCUGUUAAACACUGUGACCACGUACAUGGACUAUAGGCUCAUUUUCCUUCAUGUCCUUUAUUCACUGUGUAUUAUCACAUUGAGAAUCAAUGGAUGCACCCCAAAGGUGGAUAAUGUUGCUUUCAGAGGCUUAAUACGGAAUUAGGAUGAUGAUAAGGUGCAUUUCACACUGUUCUGAGACCAGUGCAGACAGACAGCACAAUAAAGGCUAAUUCAUUCCCUAAUUGGGGAGCAAGGGAGCGUCCUAUAUCUUUCCUAUGCAGCCAAGUGCAUUUACUCCAUCCAUGCAAAAGUUAAGUUUCAGGCUACAAAUAGUGUUCGUACCACUCAACAUGUUUGUCAGACAUGGGACAAUGGUAAUCAGUACAUAGAUUUCGAAUUUUUCAUGCAAAAUGUUAUUUUAAUAUGGUUGGCAGUGAUUGGAUGAUGCUGGACAUAAUUAUUUAUGCUAAUUUCUGUUGUAAUGUCUAACCUUUCAAAACUUGAAUAACCAACACUCCUAACAUAAACAAUUUAAUAAAAGUUACUUUCU